AUGAGUGUAGAGCAGGAAAAUGUUCAACGAUUACUAAAUGAAGCACAAAUAGAAAACGCUAACAUUAUAGAGCUACUUUCAGAUGCCGAUGCUGCAAUUGAACGAUACAAGCAAGAACGAGAAAACGAAGUUUUAAAGAUUACUUCACGUGACAUUCAAUUGACUGGCACAGAACUAGUUGGCUGGGACAGGCCAGCACGGCUCGGCAAGCUGUUUCUGUUGGAUAUUGGGAUGGCUGUCCUGUUGCUGUUAAAUGUUUGUAUGAUGAUUUUGGCUGAUGUUGAACGAUACAUCCAACUUGUGCAACAAGAAGCGUUUGUAGCAUGGAAGAUACAUCAUCCCAACAUUGCUGCUGUUUGUGGUGUCGCUCUGGAGAAAGAAGUCAGGAAGGCAUGGGUUAUCAUGGAAUUACAGAGCGGCUCCGUUUCUAGCGAGAUCGAUGCAUGUGAACAAGAUGCUGCACCUCUCACUUUACGAGAAAAAGUUGACAUGGCACAUGAUUCUUUGUGUGGACUGGAUCACGUUCACUCUAUGCAACCCAUGGAGAUUCUCCACUGUGACAUCUGCCCAAGGAACAUCCUGGUAACUGCAACGAUGAGAGCCAAACUGGGUGAUUUAGGAGCCGCUCGUUUUCAAGAUGCUUCACUUUCAGCCGGCCUUCUCAGUCCAGAAUACACAGCAACGGAGAGAUUUGAUGCUCCAGCUCUACCAAAAAGCAAGGAAACCGACAUGUAUAGUACGGGAGUGACCCUAUGUGAGCUGUUCACUGCUGUUACUCCAGACUGUCGAAAGAGAAUGGAUCAAGUCUUACUCAUCCGUCAGCUAAACGUCCGUUCCUUAUGUAAACACUUGAUGAGAGAUAAUCCUACCACACGACCAACAGCAGCCGAAGCUCGCAGAAUCAUUAGUUGUAUUCGUGAGACAGACAAGUAUGCAGCAUGUCCUCCUAAACGAAUGAUGAAGGGUAAGAUGGAUGGAGUGGCUGAUGUCACUCUUUUUCAGCCCAAUUGGUGA